AUGGCUCUGAUCUGGAAACAACCUAGCGUAUCCUGCCAGAGACAUCAGAUAGAAUUUUAUGCCAUCCAGCCAAUACUUGAACACCUGCAGAGUGAACAUGGAUUGAACUUCCUUGUGCAAGUCGGGAAAUUCAAUCCUUAUGUUACCAACGAACCCCCUCACAAUCUGGCUGCUGGGGCAAAUGAGUUGCAGUUCUUCUGGCUCUGCACCUCGUGUAAGGAUCACCACAGCAAACAAGAGAUGUGGUGGCAUCUUUGGGAGAAGCAUUCGAAGUUGUUUGUGGACUUCGAUGGAUUUGAGAAGGAUGGGUAUACUUUUCUCUCGUGGAUCACUUAUUAUCAAGGCAUGGUCAUUAGUCAACACGAAACAGCCCCAGGAGCCAUUUGA